AUGGCUGGCGGAGACCAAGAUGAUCGCACAAAGCAGCACUCUGAGAUGCCCAUUGGUCUCAAGGACAUAUGCGAAAAAAUCCACAAAGUCGCAGAGGACGUGAGGGUCCUGGGCCGUUUUGGCGGGAAAAGGGCCUCCACGCUCGUUUCAAAUGCGGUUCGCAUCAUGACCUCUGAACAGACCGAACGACCAUUUCAAGUCUAUCAAAACUUCCUUUGCGACGUACGGACGGCAUCGGGGCCACUCGGUAGAAAUAUGGUCGUAUUGUGCUCUGCAACCAUCGGGAAGACGAAAGCCGUCACAUUAAAUGAGAGAGACAGGAUCACACUGGUGCGAUAUAUUGCCACUACAAGCAUUCGACUUGACUCUGAACAUCUGUCAUCUCUGGCUGCUCAAUACAACAUCCCAAAAGUUCUACAAGAGACUGUUAAGGAAGGAUAUGGCGACCAACUGCAGAUCGUUCUCCCUGACCCUUUCCUUCAACAACCGUACAUGGUUAUACCAUUGGAGAUCGCCAGCCAGAUCAUGCGAAAGUAUAUGGCAUAG